AUGACCAUUGCUUACGGCAUACUUCUUGUCACUUCGUUCAGUGGAAAUUUCCUAAUUGUAAGAGUUAUCUACAAGAUGAAAACCAUGCGAACAACAAUUAACUUCUUUAUUGUCAAUAUGGCCAUGUCAGAUCUACUGUUCCCAGUUUUUGUGUUUCCGUUGCUUCUCACAGAGAUUUAUGUCAGCGGCUUCGGUCCACCAGGAAGAACCAUUUGCCUGGUACUCUUUCAGUUACAGUAUAUUUCCAGUUGGGUAUCCAUCCAAAGCCUUAUUUUGAUCACUCUGGAUCGAUUUGUGGCUGUGGUUUUUCCACUUCACUCCCCAAUCAUCAGCUCAAAACUAUGUCUAUUUGUCAUCCUGACAACGUGGAUAGUUGCGACUGCUUCCUCAUUCCCAAUGUUGGUCUUUUAUAGCUCCAUGGAAUUCAGCGAGAAACUGACCUGCGGACGUAUAUGGUUUAAAAAAUAUUUUAAAGAAAAAUAUUAUUCUCACGUUAUGCCUUUGAAUGUAAUCUUCAAGACAAUUCCUUUCGUCGUAUUAACUAUUCUAUACUCUGUCAUUGUUUUCAAGCUGAAAACCCACACAAUUCCAGGCGAACGAUCGAUUAACGCUGAAGAAAAACGUUUACAAAGAAACAGAAAAGUUCUCAAGAUGGCCAUCGCUAUCUUACUGGGAUUUGCCAUAUGCUGGAUGCCUUUGAGUAUCAUAGGCUUUUUAGGUGUCUCUUUAGGAGACAGUGAAGUUUGUAUCAUUCCGCUAUUUGCGCUUGUUGCUAUCUUUCUGAAUUUUGCCAAUUGUGCUGUUAAUCCUUGCAUAUGUUUUACGUUCUGUAGAAAUUUUCGUCAAGCUCUGAAGGGCCUCCUUCAUCAAAAUGCUCCAUGGCAGGUGUAA